GUUUAGCUUAUAACAUUAUCAAGACUUUUCAAUUUUCAUCAUGAAUCAAUCAAUCACCAUGAAAAGAGACUCACUCUUUCACUACUUGCUCCUAAUUACCAAUGUUGCCUCCGCCGCCAUGGAUGCUAACACAACAUGUGCCCCAUCUUCGUGCGGCAAAGUCACCGACAUAAGGUAUCCUUUCCGGCUGAAGGAUGACCCACAAAACUGUGGCGAUCGGAGGUUUGAGUUGGCUUGCGAGAAUAACACCGCCGUGUUACCUCUGUUCCCGGGGAAAAACUACCAUGUUCAAUCAAUAAACUACAAUAAUUUCACAAUCCGACUCGUAGAUCCCGGGAUCUCAGAGGAUGAUUGUUCCACUCUUCCUCACUAUUCCAUGUCCAGUCACAACUUGAGCGAAACGGUACAAUAUGAACUGAUAUUUCAACGACGAGUGACUUAUGUUGGUAAUGGCGGUUCUAUAACAUUAUCUGAGCGCAUGGUUUUCUUGAAGUGCAGAAAUCCGGUGAGGGACGAUCCACAAUACGUGGACACUUCCCCUUGCAUUAAGAAUAAUGUUUAUGCUAUUAUUGGAGGGUUGUCAGUGAUUGAAUUAAGAGAUGAUUGCCAUGUGAAGCUGGUUGCUGCCACAUCAUCCUUUCCUGAUCCACGGGCGAGAUGGCCGUACUACGAUGACUCAUUGAGCUGCAACAAAAACUGUUCAUACGCCGAGAUUCAUAGGAUGCUGAGUUAUGGAUUUGAGCUUUCGUGGGUUCCGGGAGUUUGUGAACAUUUCUGUGGACUCACGGACAAUCCUUGCGCAGUCAACGAAACCGCUCCAGGUAGUCUCGUAUGUUCGUUGGUGGUCAACGAUACCUGUGUCACACCACUUCUGUAUAAAGAAUGUGGAAAGGUGUCCAAGCUCCAAUUUAUCGCAGAAGGAUUUCGAAAAGUAGUAGGAAAAGAUAGUGGCGGCGAGUCCUUCAAUAAAGAGGAUGUAUUAGCUAUCAUUAAGGCAGGAGUAUUCACGGGAGUGUUUAUGGUGCCAUUCAUGGUGGUCAAAUACGUAUUGAGUCUCAUACUUUUUUUCUUAGUGUUGAUCUACUACACAUGCCAAAGAAGACAUGCAUCAAUUUAUGAAAACAUUGAGGAAUUUUUACAAGGGAAUGAUCUCAUUCCAAUAAGGUAUUCGUAUAAAGAGAUAAAGAAGAUGACAGAAGAUUUUAAGGAAAAGUUGGGAGAAGGAGGAUUCGGCUCAGUGUAUAAGGGAAAGCUACGAAGUGGACCUUUUGUAGCCAUAAAAAUGUUGGGUAAAGCCAAAGGUAAUGGUCAAGAUUUCAUCAGUGAAGUUGCUACAAUUGGUAGAAUACAUCAUGCCAAUGUGGUAAGGUUGAUUGGAUUUUGUGUAAAAGGUUCAAAACGCGCUCUUGUAUAUGAAUUUAUGCCGAAUGGUUCUCUAGAUAAGUUUAUCUUCUCCAAAGUGGAUAGUGUAUCAUUGACAUACCAGAAACUUUUUGAAAUAUCUCUUGGUGUGGCUCGUGGUAUAGCUUAUCUGCACGAAGGUUGUGACAUGCAAAUUUUGCAUUUUGAUAUCAAGCCUCAUAACAUUCUUCUUGAUGAGAACUUCAUUCCUAAGGUGUCAGACUUUGGUCUUGCAAAGCUUAACCCUCUUGAUAACAGUAUUGUAUCUUUGACAGCAGCAAGAGGAACAAUUGGUUACAUGGCUCCGGAAUUGUUCUACAAAAAUAUUGGAGCAGUAUCUUACAAGGCUGAUGUCUAUAGCUUUGGAAUGCUUUUGAUGGAAAUGGCAAGUCAAAGAAGAAACUCGAAUCCAAAAGCAGAGCAUUCAAGCCAAUUUUACUUUCCAUUUUGGAUAUACGAUCAAUUGGCUCAAAAAAGUGAUGAGAUAGAGUUGGAAAUUUUGAUGCAUGAAGAAACGAGCGAACUAGCAAAAAAGAUGUUUACAACUGCACUGUGGUGUAUACAAUUGAAGCCAAGUGAUCGCCCUUCAAUGAAUAAAGUAGUGGAAAUGUUAGAAGGGGAUGCUGCAAGUAUUGAAAUGCCUCCAAAGCCUUCCUAUUAUCCAAAUGAUAUUAUUCAGAGAGAUUCUGAGAUUAACUCAGGAGAAACUACUUCAAACAAUUCUUCUGGCUCUUCAAGUUUUGAGGAGGAAAUUGCAACUAACCCUCUGUUGAAGUUUUCUGAAUGAUGACUAGUCCAAUUUGCUUUCUAUGAUCUUGUUUCUUAUUAUGUUAAUUGUUAAGUAAAUGGACAAGUAUAGCAAGUGUGAUAUUUUUUUAUAUUGUAUUUUUAUUUAUAUUUAUGUAUGUGUUGUACGCUUUUGUUUAUUAAAACCAGUCAAAUGACAAUUUGAU